AUGGAUCCUUCCCAGUUGGAACAAAUCAAGCAAUUUUUUGUAGAUGAGUUGAUGGAUGAUUCGGAAAAAAAGAUGUGUGUAUUGCUUCAAGAAUGGGAGAGGUGGAAAAAGAAUGAAUCAACUAGUGGCCUUAGAAGAAGCCGAAGGCAUCUGAAUCGUGAUCGUGAAGCAAGACAUGAAAAGCUUUUCAAUGACUACUUCGCCGAUGAACCUGUUUAUCCUGGUAAUGUAUUUCGUCGAAGAUUUCGAAUGCGCAAGGCAUUAUUUCUGCGAAUCGUAGAAGCACUAGCAAAUCAUUCAGAAUAUUUUCAAUUAAGGGUUGAUGCAACUGGUAAACGAGGGCUUUCACCACUUCAAAAAUGUACUGCUGCUAUUCGACAAUUAGCAUAUGGUGUACCGGCUAAUUAG